AUGCUGAAAGACUUUAUCAAUUUGAAGAAAGGCGAUACAGUUGUGCAAAAUGGAGCAAAUUCUGCAGUCGGAAAGCACGUCAUUCAGAUUUGUCGUAUACUUGGAUUCAAAUCGGUCAAUGUCGUGAGAAAUCGAGAUAAUUUGGAUGAGCUGGUUAAAGAAUUGAAGAAUCUUGGAGCAGAUGACGUGAUAACCCAAGAAGAGUUAUAUGGCCGGAAGAAGAAAUUCCCAGGUGUGAAGCUGGCAUUGAAUUGCGUUGGAGGAAGAAGCUCACUCUUCUUGGCAAGCCUUCUUGAUCAUGGAGGCUGUAUGGUGACUUAUGGAGGAAUGAGCAAACAACCAGUAGAUUGCCCAACUGGACCACUUAUUUUCAAGGAUAUCUCCCUGCGAGGAUUCUGGAUGUCUCGAUGGUACGAUGUACAGAAAACACCAGAGAAGAGACAAGAUAUGUACAAAGAGCUAGCCGAAUGGAUGAAAAGUGGUGAAAUCGUGAAGCAAGAAUUCGUGAAUAAUCGGCUGGAUGAUCAUGUCAAGGCUAUCGAGAAUGCACAAAACAAGCACGACAAAAAACAACUUUUCCUUCUUGACUGA